GCGCGCUGAGAGUAGCAACUUGUCACCAGUACCGAUUGCACCCAGUGCAAUGUUGCCGCCUGUGCUACGUUCGGACCAAGACUCGAGUAGUAGUUUGAACGCGGAUGAGCCUGUUGACGAAACUGACCGUAUUCGAUUUGGGUUCCGUAUUUCAGGUUCGAAUGCAGUCAAGGUCCACAAGGUUAGGACUUGCCGCGUACUAGAGGGUAAGACUCUGUCUAAGGUCAUGGUGUACGAAUCGACGGCAUUGUGCCAACUUUGCAACUAG